AUGCCAAAAAGGGAGUAUAUGGAGUAUUAUAAAAGGACUCUGGGAAUGGAUGGAGGAGACUUUGACGAAUUCCAUAGGUUUUCUGAAAGGGAUCUUGCCUAUGCAUUUAGAAUCACAAAUACACCGCUGGCCGGCAUGAUAAGAAGCAAGAUAGAGAAGCAUCCGUUUGUUCGGAAGAUAAAGUAUCUUGAAGAUGUCUAUGAGUUCCAUAAAAAGAAAGAAAAAGACGAUGAGUAUAGGGAAUUUUCAAAGUUUUUAGUUAACCAGACCAGUAUAGGGCUAAUUCAGAGGCAAGAGAUUGUUAGUAUGAUUCCUGUUUCGCUAAUGGAGUUGAAGAAAGACUCAAAGGUCAUUGACAUGUGUGCAGCCCCAGGAUCGAAAACAAAACAAAUUCUUGAUAUUGUUACCAAUGGACUUGUGAUAGCAAAUGACUCCAACGGAAAGAGACUGAAAGUGCUUGUAAGUGAGACUUCUAAGAAGCCCAAUGGAUCACUAAUAAUUAGUAAGCAUGAUGCCACCAUAUUUCCAAACGUAUAUGAAGGCGGAAAGCUAGUCAGGUUUGACCGUGUAUUCUGUGAUGUGGUUUGCUCUAGUGAUGGAACCAUAAGAAAAAGCCCCGGAAUUCUUGAGGGAUGGAAGCUUUCUCGGACCACAGGACUGUUUAACACUCAGUUUAGGAUUCUGAAGAGAGGAUGUAAUCUUGUUGCAGAAGGAGGCCUGGUAUCUUACUCCACAUGCUCUUUGAACCCGAUAGAGAAUGAAUGUGUAGUUCAAAAGAUCCUUCUUGAAGGGGAGUUUGAACUAGUUGACUUCAGAAACGACCCAAGACUCGUACCUUUUCCUACCUGUGGAGAUGGAACGAGACUUGUUUUCAGAGAGGGUCUGAGGAAGUGGGGAACCGAAGAUCUGAUUUUCAAGAAUCCAGAUUAUCGGCCUUCCGAUGUGGACGUGGGGCUUGAGAAAUGCAUUAGACUGUAUCCACAUGACCAGGACACAGGAGGAUUUUUCAUUGCAAUUCUAAGGAAGAAAAGGAAUUUCGGAGAAGAGAUAAAUACUAAGGAGGUAUCAAAUGCAUCCUUUCAUCAUUUCAUGUUUCUUUCAAAGAGCGAAAAGGAAGAAAUAUUCAAAACUUAUUCAAUAUACAUAGACGGAGAACUGUAUAAGAAAAGAAAGAGUAGUAGUACUAUAAGUACUGUAUCGAGCAUAGCAGCAAAGGUGCUUAGUGGAAAUCCGGUACUUAAUGUUAUAAGUGCAGGCUACCGGAUUCUUGAGAAAUCGGGAUUAUCCAAUGCAGACUUUUAUCUUAAAAACCUCUUUCAUCGAGGAGAAGGACUUGAAUGUAGCUUGAAGAUCUCUAUGGACCAGUUCAAACUUCUUCUGAACGAGACGUUUGUUAGUAAUGACCUUUUAGGUUUUGAGCAUAUAGGACUGGCCAUCGCCCGAAUUGAAGUGAUAGGCAUCACGCUCUGUGGAUACGGAAGCCACACCUCAUUUACUCUCUUUAUGAACAAUAAUCUGAGAAGAGCAUUAAAAGAUCUAGUUUUGUGA